GCUGUUUGCGGUCUUAGAGCUGUGUUUUAACACCUUUAAAAGGCUCUUUAGCCUAAACAUAGGGUGUUAAAACUGUUUUUGCCAUCGUCCUAACUUCUCAGCACAGCCUUUUCUGAGCGUAGAUGUGUCAGGGAAAGAAUUAGUUUGUUCGCUUUUUGUUGUUGGGUUGGGUUUUUUUCCUAGCUUGUCCUGUGAGGAAAUAUAAACGUUGAUCUUUUUGUAGCAUGCUAGGCAUAUAGUAGAAAUUCUGAUGAUUAAGCUUUUUUUGAGGAUAUACUCUUCUUGAGGAGACUUUCAAGAGAACCUCUUCUGUAUAACCUUUUUGAAGGAAAAAGGCAGUGUCAGUCUCCUGUGAAGCUGGGAAAAAUCUUGAUAGUUAUUUCAUUUGCACGUGUUUGUAUUUUAUGUGUGUGUGUAUCAUGUAAGAUAAAAUACGUAAGUGAAGUGCUACUAAUUCUUUUGUUUUGGUUUUUUUGGGUGGUUUUUUUUUUUUUGUUGGGGGGAUGUGUGUUUUGUUUUUGGGGGGGUAGUUUUUUUGUUUUUGUUUUUUUUUUCUUCUUCUUUAGGGUGUGUAUUGUUGGGUUUUCCUGAUUUCCAUUGUGGUAAAACGACCCCAGUGCCUGGUUUUGGGCACUGAUAUACACGAGUGGCAUGUUUUGGCUACCUGGGCUUCCCUGGGAGUUACUGGGCCCUGCAGGAUUUAAUUUGCAUGUGUCAUCAUCCAGCAUCUGGAUGUUCAUGGCAAGACAGGGGUCAGAACUAGUUUAACAACAGAAAAAAGAUUUAGGUCCCUUCCCAGCCUAUGCAGAACUCUUUACAUUGCUCCAUUUUUGUUAACUUCUGAAAAUAAACCCACCUGAGAUUGUUAAAACCAGUGUGGAUUCUCAGGAGGAGGCAGCGGAAGGCAUGCUGACAUAGGCCAGCUAUGGGCAUUUUGGUCACAGUACUGGUUUUACUCACUCGUUUGAGUGACAUGGUGUUCUAAAUGUAAUAUUUUCACCAGUGUUUUCUCACAGAGGUGAGAGCAGGAAAAAGAAAUGCUAACAUGAAUAUUGUUUGUUUUAUCAGCUUUAAUGGGACUUUUAAAUGUCACCUGUUUCUAAAUUAUGAUUUUUCUGAGGUGUUCUAACCGUGGUUAACAAGAAACAAAACCCUUGUUUGCCUGUUAAAGUCAGUUUUAGUAAAAUAAGCUUAGAGCUGCACCGUCUUUCUCUUUUUAGGUAGCUCUCUAGGAUGCAGAGGGAAAACCAGCAGACUCUGUUAAGUGUCAUCUUUAACUUUUGAUGUCAGUGUGAUGAUGUAUGCAGUUGUCAGUUUGGAGGAUUUCUGAAAUUAAGAGAUAUCCAGUGGUAUUGCAGUCCAUCAGGUAGGACAGAACACUGUCAAAUCAUAAUAAGUGCACACUGUAACUCUUCCUCAUUUUUUCUUCUGGUUUUUGGUCCUUGGUUAUUUUAUGUAAGUUAAGUGAUGGAAACAUGCACUAAAGAAAAGAAAAAAAUCACCCUUGGGCCUUCGGCAUUCAUAUUUGUGUGAAAGAGGAUGUUCCAAGAAAAGACAUCAGCCAAUCACUUAAAUGUAGUAACAACAUCUACUGAAGAUGGUGCUUUCCAAAAAAAAGGCCAUAGUGCAAGAAUCCUUAGCCCAGAAGAAGCUGAGAGACUAGAAAAUGAUCGGGUUUUGGUGUCUGAGUUCAAGCAACUAAAACUGGAGAAAGAAGCACAGAAGAACUGGGAUCUAUUUUACAAAAGAAACAGUACCAACUUCUUCAAAGACAGACAUUGGACAACCAGAGAGUUUCAAGAGUUAAAAGCGUUUCGGGAGAAAAAUGCCUUAUACAGUACUGAAAGAUGUAAAGUGUUCCAGUGUGAUCUUACCAAAGAUGAUCUUCUAGAAAAUAUACCAGCAGAUUCUGUGGAUGUUGUCACACUUAUAUUUGUGCUUUCUGCCAUUCAUCCUGAAAAAAUGCAUCUUGUCUUGAAGAACAUUUACAAGGUAUUAAAACCAGGCAAGUGUGUCUUGUUCAGAGACUAUGGACUGUAUGAUCAUGCAAUGCUCAGGUUUAAAUCUGGCAGCAAACUUGGAGAAAAUUUUUAUGUUAGACAAGAUGGGACAAGAUCGUAUUUUUUUACUGAAGAAUUUUUGUCUCAGCUUUUCAAGUCUGAGGGAUAUGAGCAAGUGGUCAAUGAAUAUGUGCAGCGAGAAACUGUGAAUAGGAAAGAAGACUUGCGUGUUCCAAGGGUUUUUCUUCAAAGCAAAUUUCAAAAGCCUUUCACCUCACAGGGGAGAGGGAAGAAUCUUGGAGUGAAAAAUGGAGAUGAAGAGGCAACCACAAAUCAUCCUUGAAAAGGGAAACUGUGUAAAAGGGCAACGCUGGAAGAUACUUUCACAGAUUGGAAAUGGACAUGUUAGAAGGUUUCUGCCAAAGGCAAUGGGAAAGCUUCGACUGACUUCCUUGAGAGUUGUUGCAACUUUAAGAUGGCAAAGGGGAUCUCACUUUAGGAUGGGAGAUCUAAUGCAUCGCUCCCCUUGCUGACCUUUGAUGCUGGGGAAGAAGGAUCCACUGAUACAGUCAGACUUCAUCAUAAAAACUGAUGAAGUGGGUACUAAAAAUCCAUGAGAUAGAGCAGGGUGGGGGGUGUGGUGGUAUUGGGCAGGGAGGAGAAAGAGAUGUAAAAGUGCCUUGAUAAGGGAUAAUAAAUAUUUUUGUUUAAAACAGUAGCAUUUCAGUUAGUUGCAUGGUGCCAGGAGCAGGCACUGUAAUAAAAAUGGUAAUGUGUUACAAGAAGUGGCAGUGCUGUUCUUUGCCUGAUCUCUCCUGUCUUUUCAGUCUGUUCCUGGUCAAAACACAGCGCAUCCAACCCUUGUGGAGUCUGUAAGGAGGUUGGAGAGCUGGUGAUGCCUGUGUUUGGCACCCUGCUGAUUUAUAGCAUAAAUCCUUUUAUAUUUGAUAGUUUUAGUGCAACCUUGUCUUCCACUACUCUUUGAAGCCUGGGUACAGAGGAAACACGGGUUUUAAAAAAGAAACUGACCUGACAAAGGAAGGAAAGUCUGUUGGUUUUGGUUAGCAAAGUGUGAGACUGACAUGAUAUAUGUUUCUUGAGUAAGGGUAAUAUUAGGUAUUGUUUGCAAUGCAGUGAAAAAGGAAUAGCUUCUCUUAACAUUAGCUGUACUGUAAAAUAACUUUCUACCCUCUAGACUGUCUACUUUGUCAAGCUCUUAUUUGGUCUUGUUGGAGGCUUAGUCUCAUGUUUUAUGCAUAAAUAUGAAUCUGUUACCAUGAAAUUACUUAUUGGUGCAAAAGUUGAAUAAUUUUUUUCCUCUGCCCUGCUGCAUAGGUACAGUUUGACUAAAAAGGGUAAAGGAAGGGUGUUUGUGAUUUUGUUCACAAGAUGGCACUAGCUGCUAACCAGUAUUACCUUCCUUUUAACCCUAGCACUGAAUUAUCUAAAUCUUUAACCCAGUGGUAGGAAGAACUGGUAAUGAUUAACUAUAGACAAGACAGCUAGAGUUUUUUCUCCUAUGCAGUUAAGUCAUCUUCAUCUACUUAAAUAGCCCUUAGAUCUUGAAGAAAGAAAACAGUUUUGAAAGAAGAAAAUACAGUUGCAUCUGAGAGAUACUUGUUAUUUAGAGGGAAUGUUCUCAGCACUAUUUGAGGGAGAGUAGGUGAAAUACUGUUACUGUUAAUGGUAGCUGGGAUCCUAAGUGCCUCUAUUCAUGAGGCAAUAAUUUGUUGCACUGACAACUUGCAGUUUGUUUCUGUUUAAUCUGAGUCCCGCUAAACUGUUACUUUAGAAACUGCAGUGACUUAAGGUACAGGUUUCAUAAUGCAGUGCCCUAAUGCAGUAUUUUUAACUCCUCAAAAUUAUUAGACAAAUAUCUGUUUAUAUGAACUGCUCCCAUUUUCUUCCUACUUCUUUUGUUUUGUAGAUUAGCUGCUUUCCAGUUGAGCAGCCACUCAAGCGGAGCUGCAUAAGGUACACAUGACCAGAGAGGCUGUAUCUGUCAUUAAUUACUGUGUGAAGUUGGCUGUAAUUUAGUUUGCCAUUUUACAGUUUCUCCUACUUUAAUAAUCCCCAUUUUGUCUCCAGCAAGCCAUCUUCAUUUCAAGGGAAAGAGGAAGAAUAGAAUAAAAAUACAUUUACAUCUUGGUGGGUAUAUAUCUCACUUUAAACAUUGUGUUUCUAGUAUAAUCCACUAAUAAGCUACAUGUAAAAUUGCCUCAACUGCAUUUUAUGCAAUAGUAAUUCUUUUGGAUAUUAAAUAUUUGAAUUAGUGUAAAUGCUGAUUAUCUGCCCAUGCAGAAACAGAUUUGUAAAAGUGCAGGUCUUCUCC